AUGCAAUCAUGGUCGGGCGGCCGCCGCGAGCGUUCGUCAAGUGUCGUUCUGCUGGGCAAGUUAUCGGCUAUAGUGCGGCGUGGCAGUGUGCUUCAUGUAGACCCGGAGGACGCAUGCAGCCACAGUAAUAGCAGCAGCAAUAAUAGUGAGGAUAAGGAAGUGAAUGAUGAAAUGACGAGACGUCGACACACGCGGCGCCGCAGUGUUGGGGCAACACCUUCAAUGCAAUCGAGCAUUCAUUCGAAGAAAUCAAAGAAUUUUGGCCGAAACUCCAAUCAACGGCUUCAGUUUUACCCAGCGCGGCCUGUGGUAGUGGCAGCGCUGGCUAUGCCGCUUAGUCUGGCGGAGCUUAUGAGGCGAGCUACGCUGGAAAGCCAAUUGAAUGCAUUUGGAGCUAUGCACGUAAGAUUUGCACCCUCGCAAAGGCCACAAGAUGAUCUGGAAGAAAAGGGGGUGCUGGUUGAAGAAGAGAUAAAAAAAAAUGGUAACGACAUGGAUAAUAAUGAGCGGGAGAAUCUUGAAGAGGAGGAACGGCGUGCGACGCUUCUCGCCGUGGAUGAGGAGUUGGAAGAUGAAGAGGUUUACCAAGUACAUGCAGACCACGAAGAGUCGCUGGAUUUUGAUGCGAAGAAUAUGCCGACGAGCGUGAAGAAACUCAUGGACCGGAUCAAGAGCGAAAGCUUGGUAGACGAGGCUGAUGAGCCUUUCGGUAACGCAUCGGAUACGUCGAAUCAAGACGACGAUGAAUCUAGUGUGUCAAACGAAGACGACAUUCAUCACAUCGACGAUGUGGAGAAACUUAACUUAGACAAUAACGAUGAGUUAAAUGAGGAGAGAGUAAGCAGCCAGCUUAAAGAGACAACUUAUCAGGGUCACCAAGAUUCAAAGCUUAGUUGUCAUGACCUAGAUCAAGUGGCUAUGUCAACUCAAGAUCAACUUACGGCGAGUGUGAGGCGUCUCGUGAUUCAGCUGAAAGACGAUUCAGAUUACAUGAACAAACCCAUGGCUCAGUCGCAUGGGACUCGUUCGAAGUCGAAAUCUUUGACACGGAGAAGAGCUGGAUCAUGCCCGACGGCAUAUGAUCUUGGUGUUCGGUCUCCAAUCGGCAGAUCUCCAGUACCCAUACCACCCUGCCUGAGCCCGCCUCUCAAUACCCGCGAGGUUGUAUCUGGAAAAAAACACCGAAAGAAUGCGUUCCUGAGAUUUGGUCCGCGUAUGUUGGAGACGCUCCAUUUGCGUAAAAAACGUAAAACGUACCUGUUCACGGAUGAGGAGCUAGAGACGAUCGAAGGUGCCCGGUGGAAGAUUGUUGAGCUGGCUUUUCGCUUCGGUGGCAAACACAGGUCAUACUUGGUUCAGGCGAUUAACAUGUUUUUUCCUUUGCUCAAAUAUGGAAGGCGAGGUGGUGCGCACACCACUAGACUCCAUUGCAAUUGUUGUGGAACUCUGCAGUGGCAACAUAAGCGCGGAAGUCUUAGUGAAGCGGUCGAUCUAGCGGAAGUUCUUCAAGUGCUGGACGGACGAAUGACUCCCGUAUUUCGCAAAUAUGUUAGCAAUAAUGUCCUUAACGCUUGCUCUUUCUCGGUUGUGUUUCGUGGACGGACAUUGGACCUAGAAACUCAGACAACAAGCCAUCGGGACUGGCUUGUCAGUGCUUUACGAACACUUAUCGCCUACGCUCGGCGUCAACGAUCCAUCGAGCAGCAGGCCAUUGCUGAGAGGACAAAACUGCCUUUGGAAGACGAGGUAUCGCUCAAUUCAUUUCCUACCGCUCCUAAACGCGAACGUUCAACGUUUUUGCUAUCCCCCGUGGCGGCUCAGCCGAUGUGA